GAGCCGGCUUGGCAAGUUGCCUUCUCCAGGGAUGGCCGAUAUUUGGCCGUCUGCUACGGAGCAAUCGAACCUUGCGUCCGGAUUUGGAAGCAGCAGUCGCCCUUUCAUGAAGAUAGCGGGUGGAUUCUGGACGCGACGCUAACGGGCAUUCAAACACGGACGAUCCGAUCCAUCGCAUUUGCACCCAUUCGAACGCCGCUGAUCCUAGCCUCAGCAUCAUUCGACGGCACUGUUGCGGUAUGGGAACACUACCCUGCCACAAAUGGAGCACUAGUCACAGCAUCAGCAAAAAGUCCAUCAGGGGUGGACGAAUGGGAGUGUACGGCUCAGUUGGAAGGCCACGAGAGUGAAGUCAAGUGUGUGCAAUGGAAUGCCACUGGGUCACUUUUGGCAAGCUGUGGACGCGACAAGACCGUUUGGAUCUGGGAAUGCUUUUUGCCUGGCCACAACUCUGGUGGUGGUGAUUUCGAAUGCAUCGCUGUCCUUCAUGGUCACGAAGGUGACGUUAAGUGCGUACAAUUUACAAGUAGUCACGACGAGUGGGGCGACGGGGACGAGAUUUUACUUUCCUCUUCAUACGACAAUACUAUCAAGUGCUGGGCCGAAGACGCCGGUGAUUGGUACUGUGCGGCCUCGAUUGAAGACGUUCAUUCUUCAACUAUUUGGUCAUUGGCCAUGUCUCCCAGUGGACUACGGAUGAUAUCGGGUUCCGACGACCAGAGCCUAGGUAUUUAUAAAUGCUAUACAGCUUCCGAGAAGAAGAGACACUUCCCUGACGAAGGCAAAAAUCGGAACGGCCUGUGGAAAUGUGUGGGGCAUCUUCCAGAUGCGCAUUUGGCAAGUAUAUUUUCGGUUGCGUACGCUCCGUCACGGGCCGGCCACGGACGGAUAGCAACGGCCGGGGCUGACAACCGGAUACAAAUAUUCCGAGAGGUGUCUGGUAGCGUUUCUGAUCAACCUCUUUUUACCGUAGAAACAUCGGCUACAAAUGAGCUAGGAGAUGUCAAUUGCGUAAGUUGGCACCCUUCAGAUGGCUCCAUCCUUGCCACUGCCGGCGAUGACGGAUCCGUGUGCAUCUGGAAGUUUAACUUGUAG